GGAGGACAGAGCAUGCUCGUAGUUCUAAAUUUGAACAGGAUACCUGUGCAGGCUACCCACCUGCUACAGCUUCAUUCUUGUCUCCUAUGAGCAUGUUACAGGCCGGGCGGUUGGUCAAAUGGUAGCACUAACAGCGAUGACUACCAAACAAAAGAUAUUUGUGGCCGUGAACUGUUUUGUCGCUAGUCUCCUUGUCACUGGGCUGUAUUUCCGACUCCUUACACCCGCGCCACCUUUAUGCAACAGGGGAAGUUACUCUUUCAUUGCGUACAUUUCUCAUGUGCUGUUAGGGUACCAUCGUGAUAGAUGGAUUAUAUACGUCUGUGAUUAUGGACAGAGCUGCGGGGAGCUACCAUUACGGCUUGACGGCAUAAUAUCAACCUACAUACUUUCAGUUUUAUCUACCAGAAAAUUUGGGAUUAUAUUUACAAAGCCGGCCCCUUUACAUCAGCUUUUAAAACCAGUGAAGUUUAACUGGAUUGUUAAUCCCAGUGCAUUGGGAUUCGCCUCUUGUAAUUAUUACAAUUAUAUGUUUAAUGAUGAAUUUGGCAGCAAACUGAAGACAAUGGAUUUAGAUUUGGAAUUCCAAGAAGAAGUCGUGUAUAUUAAGCUGCAUAAAUAUUACUGGAAUUCGCUGUACCAAAAUCCACGUUACGCAGGAAAACUACGAGGCAAUACUGCUUCCGGAACGUACUAUCAAACUUUUCUUAACCUUUUUGAACCUCAGCCAAAGUUCAAGCACACUGUGUUGAAGUACAGCAAUCACUUUAAAUCCAACUUAUCUACAAAUCUUGUCUGUGUUAUUGCUAGUGAGACAGAUCAAAAACAUAACCAGGGUUACACUAUAUGGAAGUUUCUGGAUAAAGUUUCACAUUCCAAAAAUACCAGGAUUUUGUUAAGUACAGCAGAUCAAGAUCUCGUGAGGCAGACCCGGCAAAGGUUUCCUAGCAACGUCUUCACAGUUUCCGGCUCUCAGCGUUAUAUAGACGGCGACGACACGUCAACCUCAGCGGGAGAGACAUUGAGUGAUAACCUCGUUACAAACCUCUUAGACUUCUACGCGUUGAUCCAGUGUGACGAGUUAGCAAUGACAUGUGGCAGUGUCUGGGGCCGGCUGGUUGCGUUCUGUCGAAACACUAACCAGGGGUUGCGCUACCUUCAAAAUGACAUGGUAAGGAAUGUAGAUCUUGAUGCCUUGUCAAUGGAUUACGAAGAAGGAGCUUGUUCGAGUAGCACAAUCAACAACCAAAAUGCACAAGUGAUCUCAGCGUAGCAGAAAGUGGGUGUGAAGUUCAUGCCAAAGUUGUUAUAUACUUUGGACACUUGUUAUGUAUAAUACUCCAUGCAGCACUUGUAAAAUCCAAGUUUCUAUGUAUAUAAUUGCAGCAAAUAAAACUAAUUAUCAUGUA